UCGCGGAUCUCGAAUUGGAGGGUGUCGCGUGAGAGAUUGUCCCUGAAAGGCAAGUCGGCUGCUAGAACGGGAUGCUCGGAAGAACAUGCGUGCGACGCACUCCGCCCCGCUCGUAAUUGCUAUAUCUCUCAUGGCCUGCUCUGAAUUUCCCCCGCUCUCACGCGCGCUGUUCCGUCCCGAGGCUCUCCCACAAUGACGUCCGCCAGCCACCACGACAAUAUAGACGUUAAUCCCGCAUCUUCUGUUCACUCACGCGCCUCUUACGAUGCUGACCGCGAACCAGAGGAGGGCCGCCUGCGCGUCACGCUCGACCAGGCCACUGACGAUGGACACGACCACGACCCAGAGAAGCCCGCGCUGCACGCGCCUCCCAAGCUCAGCACCCUCCGGUCUGUCGGCCUCAUCGCAACCUGCACCACCGCCAUGAUCCUCAACUCCUCUAAUAACACCGCCAUCGCCAUCGCUCUCCCCACCAUCGGCGACGACCUCGGCAUCCCCGAAUACCGUCUCCAAUGGGUCAUCUCUGCCUACUCUCUCGGCUCUGGCUGCCUCCUCCUCUUCUUCGGCCGCCUCGCAGACCUGUACGGUCGCAAAAAGGCCUUUCUCUCCGGCAUCUUCGUCCUCGGCGUGUUCGGCCUCGGCUGCGGCUUCACCCACGACGAGAUCACCCUCGACGUCCUCCGCGGCUUCCAAGGUCUCGGUGCCGCCGCCUGUAUCCCCGCCUCGCUCGGUAUCCUCGCCCACUCUUUCCCUCCUUCCCGCCUGCGGUCCAUCGCGUUCGCCACCUUCGCCGCUGGAGCGCCCGUCGGUGCCGCGAUCGGAAGCGCGAUCGGCGGUGUCUUGACCCAGCUGACAGACAAGACAUGGCGCUCGACGUUCUGGUUCCUCACCGGUAUCAGCGCGCUCACCUUUGUCGGCGGUGCUCUCAGCUUCGACAAGGACCAGCCCUCGUCCGAGACUGACCGGAGGAUCGACUGGCUCGGCGCGUUCCUCGUCACCUCGGGACUCGUGCUCCUCGUAUUCGCGCUGAGCGAUGGGUCCGUGGCGCCGAACGAGUGGAACACGCCCUACAUCAUCGCGACCCUCAUCCUAGGCCCGUUGCUCCUGCUCGCGUAUGUCGCGUGGGAGCACUUCCUCGAGCGCCAGGUCGACGCGGGCAGCACCUCGCGCUGGACGCCGCCGCCGGUGAUGCGCGUGAGCCUCUGGACGCGCGCGCAUGGGAAGCUCGCCGUCACGUUCGUCAUCGCCAUGCUCGAAUACAGCAGCUUCAUGAGCUUCACGUUCUGGAUACAGUUGUAUUACCAGGAUUAUGAGCAUUUGAACCCGGUGCUGACGAUGGUGCGCAUCUUGCCGAUGUUUGUUACCGGUGUGCUGUGCAAUAUCAUCGUCGCGCUCUUCGUGGGACACGUCCCGCUCGUCUACCUCGUCGCAUUCGGCACGACGCUCACGGGUGUGGCCAACAUCCUGUUCGCGGUGAUCAACCCCGCGUCGCCCUACUGGGCCUUCGGGUUCCCAGCCGCGAUCGUGAGCGUGUUCGGCGCGGACUUCGUGUUCGCGAGCGGGACGCUGUUCGUGGCGAAGGUGUGUCUCCCGCAUGAGCAGAGCGUGGGCGGGGCGAUGUUCCAGACUAUGACUCAGUUGGGCGCGGCGUUUGGACUGGCGAUUACGACGAUCGUGUAUGACUCGGAGUUGAAGAAGGCGUCGCUUGCGGAUGGGGUGGUGGUUAACGUGGAUGGGACGAACGCGCCGAGGCGCGCGCAGCUCGUUGCGUAUAAGGAUGCGUUUUGGGCUGCGUUCGCGCUCGGGAUAUUCGGCACGCUCCUGUCGCUCGUGUUCCUGCGCGGGGCGGGGAUCGUGGGGCAUCGGAAGGGGAUGGAUGGGAGGUCGACGACGAGUGGGGAGACGGUGCGGGAUGAGAAGGCGCAGCGGGAUAUGGAGGAGAAGGAUGAGGUCGAGUCGUGAGCACGAGCACGAUACACAGGAUUUGGGAUUGUGAACUUUUCAUACUGCAUGGCCGCGGUUAUGUUUACGCACACGUACUGAUUAUAGAUACCACGAUGAGGACGGGAUUGUUGCCUGAAUGCGCGGCAGCGUUCGAAGGGUCGUCGACGUAGUAACCGAGCCGGUCGAGUAGAUUAAGAAACGUAGUACGUUGCCUAGUGAACUACUGCAGUGAUACACAGUGAGGGCGCUGAGAGGGAACUUAUUCACGUGGCUUAUUCGAAGACGUCGCGCGUGACCAGCCGAGUUGCUGAUCCGAAUGCUCGAGUAUAUGUACAGGGGGAAAAAGCUGCUCCAUUCGUAGGCGGGAGUGCGCCCUAUUAUACAUGUACAUGACAGCGGAUUGUGUAUCAGCGAAGAUGUGGG